AGUGGGUCCCUCUACCGUAUAAUGAUUUGGGCUGGCUGGCACAUUAUUGACUGACUUCUUUGAGAUUCUGAGCUUGAAACUGGCUGGCUGGCCUAGCCUGACCUGCCUCAGGUCAACUUCCAGGAAGACAGAUAGAAACCUCAAACAGGAACGCCCCAGCCAGGAACCAGAAAAAGACCACCCAACCCAGUUCCCAGACAGAACACAACUGAACUAAACAAACUCGAUUUACAGAGAUUGGCAGGAUGGAAACACUGGCAGUGCAAGCAGCUGGCCAAGCGGCUGGUUCACUGGUUACACCGGCAGUGGAAGGUGGAAAGGGUAUAUUUAACUGUUUGAAGCUCAAAUAUGGCUAUGUGAAGAAAAUAAAAGAGAAUAUGGCCAAGCUUGAGAAGGAGGAAUUAUAUCUGCGUAAUGAAGAUGAAGAUGUUAAAAUAACGCUGGAUAGGAACAAAUUGACAAAAGAAAAGACAAACAGAUGUGAAACCUGGCUCAAUGAGGUGGACAAAAUGAGACAGGAGAUUGAAAGACUAAAGGUUGAGUACAAAAAUACCAGCACAUACUUGUGUGGACUAUGUCCAUUUCCUGGUUUGCUGAAGCUAGGCAAGCGUAUUGUAAAGAAGACAGCAGCGGUAGUUGAGCUGAGGAAUCAGCUAGCCCAAAUAACUAAAAUGCAUGAGAAGCCACCAGCACCACCUAUUCCUGUUAUAGAGAAGCAUGCUCGGAAAAAAAGUGACGUGCCAUCAUUUGAUUCGUGUGUAGAAACACUGGUUGAGUGGCUAGAGGAUGAGCAAUUGAAAAGAAUCUGCAUUUGGGGACCUCCAGGAGUGGGAAAGACUACGAUAAUGGAAAUUUUGCAUAACACGGUGGGUGCAUCUGGUAAAUUUGACAUUAUCUUUUGGGUGACUUUAACAAAAGAAGGCGGAAUAAGAGACAUUCAAGAUGAAAUUUGGAAGCGUUUAGACACGAGAGUGGAUUGCAACUAUGGGGCUAACCAAAGGGCAAACAUGAUAUCUAAAGAGCUAAAGGACAAGAGCUAUGUGCUGUUUCUUGAUCUUGAUGACGUCUUCUCAGAGAUUAAUCUUAGAGAAGCUGGUAUUCAUGAUGAACAUGAGCAUGGAAAGGUGGUGUUUGCAUGCAGAUACAAAAACAACAAUAUCUGUGGUGACACAGAUGAAGAGAUGAAUGUGCAGAGGUUAUCCAAUGAGGAUGCAGAAAACUUUUUUUGGAAAGUGGUUGGUUCUCAUCUUAAGAGUAAUCCAGAUAUCAAGCCAGUUGCAAAACUCAUUAUCAAUGAAUGUGGUGGCAUGCCGCACAUGAUCAAGUUAAUAGGCAAUAGAUUGGCAAGGGUGGAUGACCCUGCGAUAUGGCGGGAUAUGUUGUCCCAAUUAAGAUCCCCGACUAUGGAACCGCAAGAACAACUGGAAGAAGUUUACAAGGCUUUCAAACUUGUCUAUGAAAGACUAUCUGAAGAGAUGAAGCCUUGUUUGCUGUAUUGGGCUGUUUUUCCUGCUGGUUAUGAAAUUUUUCGAGAUCAUAUAAUUGAUUGCUGGAGAGCAGAACAGUUCCUUUCAAGCCUAAGAAAGCUUCCAAGGACACGUGACAGGGGGCAUGCCAUAUUAGAUGAAUUUGUGAGAAAGUCCUUACUUGAAAAGGGAAGAAAGUGGGGGCAUUUCAAGAUGUAUGAGUAUUUUCAACGGGUGGCAUUAAGGAUUGCAAAUCUCAAAGAGAAUUCACAUGUUUUUGUUACCGAGGAUGAAAACAUUAUACUGGAAGAGUGGGAACGUGCAAGGAGAGUCUCACUCUUUCGGACUUGCCUAUCCACUCUACCAAGAAGACCCCAAUGUUGUGGGAUCUUAACAUUGUUACUACAGGACAGUAGCUUGACUGAAUUUCCGAGGGAAUUCUUUGGCUAUAUGUGUGGUCUUCAAGUUCUGAACUUGUAUCAAACAAGAAUCACUGCACUUCCAUCAUCUAUCUGCAGCUUAAUAAAUCUGAAAGGGCUCUUUUUUAACUACUGUAGUCAGUUAGUACAGCUUCCUUCUCAGAUAGGAGAUCUCCAGAACCUCGAAAUCCUUGAUAUACGUCACACCGGUCUCUAUAGUUUGCCCAUUGAGAUUGGACAAUUGGCUAAUCUAAAAUGCUUGAGAGUUUCUUUCACAGAACAUGUUGGUAACCACAACCAUGUUGAAGAAAUGAAGCCGAUGAUUCCUUCUAAUGUGAUUGCAAGGCUUUCUAAGUUAGAAGAACUGAGCAUUGGUGUGAGCCAUAGUAGCAGCAGAUAUCAAAAUGCAACUGAAAUUGCUCAUGAAAUUUCUGAGUUGGAAGAGUUAACAACUCUUUAUUUCUUCUUCCCUGAGAUGGAGUCUUUCAAAGCUUUCAUCCAGAAUAGCAAAUCAUGGAAAGGAAAUGAUACACCUUCAGCUGGCAAUAACUUCAGAUCAUUCAGCAUCGUUGUUGGUUGUCAGAGAAACAGUUCUGCAUCUGAAUUUAGAGUCUUUGAAUGCUCAGCAGAAAAGCACCUGAGGUUUUCUGAGGGAGACGGAUUUCCUGAUUCUAUUUCACAGGUACUAAGGCAAGCAAAAGCUUUUGAACUGAUUGGUCACCAAACUGCUACCAGUUUAUCCGUCUUCCGUUCUGAUUACUUACAAGGUUUGGAAGCAUGUAUCAUUGAGGAAUGUAAUGAGAUGGAGAGCAUCAUAGACAGAGGCAGUUUCCAAGUCAAUGACAGCACAGGUGUUGAAUUUGAAUGCUUGAAAAGCCUACACAUAUACAAUCUACCAAAAUUGAAGGAUAUCUGGCAAGGAUCAAUAGAAUCUAAAAGCCUCUGUGGCCUCACAACUCUCACAUUAAAAGGAUGCCAUAGCAUUAGAAUGCUUUUUCCACAUGGGAUGAUCAUUCGACUCUCUCAGUUACAAAAGCUGCAGGUGGAGGACUGCUGCAUCAUGAAAGAGAUUAUUGAAGAUCGAAAUAUAGUCGAAUCCCACACCCUUCCCAAGUUGAAAAUUUUGCAGCUCCGUGACUUGCCAGAACUAUGCUUCAUUUCUCAUGUCUCUUUACAAUGGCCCUCUUUGGAGACAAUAUUGAUUAAGGCAUGCAUGAAGAUGAGAAAUUUACCACUUACAAUUAAAAAUGCAUCCAAACUGAGAAUAAUUCAGUGCACAAAAGAUUGGUGGGACCAACAGGAUUCAAAUAACACUACUAAAGAUGAUUUGAGAAAGUUUCUCAGUUUCAUAUGAGUGUGUGAAUCAAGAGAGGAUAUUAGUCUAAUCAGACCAUAUCCUUUUUGUUACAUUGAAGGUAAUUUAAGCUGGCAUUCAAUGCACAGCACUGGAAUUUUCUAGCUUAGUUAGUUGGCUCAUGUUAUAGGUGAGACAAUGUGCGAAAUGGCAUGUAAUUAUGUGUUCCCUCUCAGAACAUUCUCUUGCAUGACUAACGCCCUUCAAGCUUUUUUCAUACAUAAGGAGAUUCAGCAGGCCUUCGUCUAAGGACAUAGCUCUUUCCUAUUUCAUGAUCAUGCUCCUACAGUUGCAAGAUUCAAACACCAGACUUUCAAGUUGAGAUUUCCAGUUUUAGCCAUUUGAUGUUGGAUGUCCUUAGAAUAGGAGUACCCUUCAGUUUGCAGAAGAAUGUUAAUGUCAUGUUUUUCCUUUGUCUUAGCUGGUUACGUUGCUGUGCUUCUUUGUCGAGUUGAAGACUCUAUAAAUGAAGAAAGGAUGUGUGUGCCAAUGCGGCAAUGUCUCCAAUGGCAAGGACCUUGAAUCCUUUUUAGUUCAUGUCUGGUUUUGAUCUACAUUUAUGUUGUAUUUUCUCAAGUUAUAAGAUGGUUAUUCUGUUUGUUUAUUGUUUCUUAUACAAGAUGUUCUAGCUAUAAUGCUAUGUUCUAUAUACGUGGAGACUUAAUUUGAUUGUGAUUGUAAUUACCAAUUGUAAAUUAACAGUUGAAUUAUUACAAAAUUUGGGCAUUUCAAGGAAUAAGAAUUUACAAGACAGAAGUAAUCCCAAAUGAAGUGUGAAUGUUCUUGAAAAGAACGUUCCUCGAAGUGAGUUGAUCAAAAUUUACACCAAACUAUAGAUGAAAACCAAAUAAUCAGAGAGAUUGAGAAAUUUCCCGUAACAAGGUCUUCCAAGCCUAGAUUCAAGCUUCAACAUGUCUGUUACUAUCGAAUUUUCCAAAGUCUCGAGUGAUGAACACAUCAUUGACACUAUCUCCUCUCACAUACCAUCCCCAAAAAACUGGAGUAAAAAGGUGUUCGAAAUCCAUGCUUAUAUCAGGAAAUGAUCAGGUGAAUAUUUUUUUUGCCAUCAUUCUGGCAAGGUGAAGACGUGCCUCAACAGCAACAAAUGCAGGUAGUGCUCUGACAUAUGAAAUUUUAGCUUUAUGAUUUGAUCUUCAAAUUCCCUUCAGCGUGGAUACAGGAGAAUAUAGUGGAAGGGGAUUCGGUUCAAGCAAUUCUUAAAGUGCAGAAAGAUGAUUCAAACAUGAUGGAUUGUGAAAUAGUACUGGAAGACAUGAAAGAAUUACCCGCUGAAUUUGUUCUUUUCAGCAUGCUUUCCAUGAAGCUAAUACAGUGGCUGACAAUACUGCUAGUUUAGAGUAUAUUUUGUAUCAGAUGCAGAUGGUACCCAAGUUGAUGUUACAUCAUUUCAUUUCCAUUUAAUGAAAGUGUUUCGAUUCUCAAAAUCAAAAACAUACAUUGCAAAAUUUGGAAUACCAUGGAGAGAGGCAGUGAGAAGUUGGAACUUGGAUUGAUCACAAAGCUCAUAACUCAAGCUUGGUUUGAUUCUUAUUUUAUGUACUCAAGUUCGACUCGACAAAAUAAUCUAGCUACUUGAAUAAGAGUUCAAAAACUGAUAGAUAAAGCAUGAGUUCAAGAGGUUAAUCUCUACUAUGAAGGGGAAAUCUUUCUGAACUCCUCCUAUCAAGCUUGCGUGCAAGGAUGCAUUCAAACAAGUUCGAGUCAUCUGCAGCAACAAGUUGUAGCAUGCUUUUCCUCUUAUUUAGAUAUUGAAAUAAGAAUUUUAUUAUCCAUUAAAAAAAAUUCUUUCAGUUUCACCGUUGUUGAGAUUUGAGAGUGAAUAUCUAGUAAGAAUUGAGAUGACUUUGCAGAGAUUGAGGAUAAGGAGGGAAUUUUGAGAAUUAGGGUUUCUGCAAAACGGGACCAAAUUGCCAUAGCAAAUUUUGUUAAGAAAAAAAAAAUACAGUAAUUGCUCUGUCAAGCUUUUUAACAAAGAGAUUAUGCAGAAGCUUCAACAAACAUAAUUUCUUGCUUUAUGCAGGUGAAUUAGAGAACAUAGAGUUGGUUUACUCGCCGAUAAUAACCAGAUACAUCAUUCAAAAGGAAAAAGGAAAAAAAAAAAAACAAGGCUAGAUCCUAUAAUCACCACAUCCAAGGA